AUGAAGUUUGGAAAGACGUACCUAUCACAUCAGAUCCCCGAGUGGUCGAUUUACUACAUGAACUACAAGCAUUUGAAAAAGAUUAUCAAAUCUAUCAAUUCUGAGAGAGAUACAGACGAAGAUGAAACGACAUACCCCGAACUAAUUCUGGAAACCUUGAGCUCCUUCUUUUUUGAAAUUGAUAGAAAUAUCGAAAAUGUCGAUGAGUUUUACAAUGCUAAAUACAAGGAAUAUGAAAGAAGAUUGGCCAAGAUUAUUCAAGUGUUGGGAUUUAAUGACAAUGUUGUAACUCAUAAAGUUGAAAGUCAAGAAGAAUUGGAUGAAAUUAUCAACAUCUUGAUUGAAUUGCGUAUGUUGUUUCGUAACUUGAAAUGGUUUGGUGAAUUGAAUCAUCGUGGAUUCAUCAAAAUUUUGAAGAAAUUGGAUAAGAAAUUGUCGUCAAUUUUGAAUGAUGGACAGGUUAGUGAAAUUGAUGUUUCACGUAACAACAAGGAAGCUUAUUUGACAACAAGAAUAGAUGCAUUGCCAUUUGCUAAUGAAGCAGAAGUUGCAAAUAAUUUAGACAUUAUUCAUCGCAUCUUGCUACAACUAGGAACCAUGGGAUCAGCUAAUGAAAUAAAAUUGGAAGGGUUGAAAAUUGAAGACAAUGUUGAAUCUUUUCAAACUAUUUUGGAAAACGAUGAUUCAAAAGCAUUGGAGGAGAAGGUCUUGGAUAACAAAACGGAGAAGUUCAACAUUUCAUUACUUAAUAAAGCGUCUCUCGUGAAUGCUGAAAGAUGUGUCAAUUUGAUUUGGAACCAUUUGAAUAGCUUAUACGAUGAAAAGGAUAUAAAUGGUCGAAACUUUUUCCAUCAUAAUGUUAUCAGUCUUGGAAAAAAUCAAUUUAUCAAAGAGGAACAACUAACUCCCGGAGACUCGCCUAAUUGGCUAGUUGGUGGUGCCAAUGGUGCUGAUAACAACAAUAUCAACAAUACUAGCGGGUUGUUGCAAAUCUUGUACAAGUUGGAUGAUAAGAAAUUGUUGAUCGCAAAAGAUCAUUACAACAGAACUCCCUUGCAUUAUGCAGCACAGUACGGACUUGUUCAAGUGACAAACAUCUUGUUGGAUUAUUAUUCCAAGUGGGACUUGAUUGAUCGUGAGUCGUCAAUCGAUAAUAUGAAAAUUUGGGGUGAUCAAGAAAAUUUAACUCCAUUGCAUUUAUCAAUUAUUGGCAAACAUCCAAAAACCACUGAAAUUUUGAUCAAGUUUAAUAGUCCCAGGAAAUUGACUUGUCCUGAUUUGUUAUUAUUAUCGGUGCGGUUAAACUCGAGCCGCAUUUUAAACUCAUUGAUUACUGAUGGGCUUAUUGAUAUUGACUACACUGAUGAAAAUCAUAAAAAUGAAACGGCAUUGUACAUUGCCUCCAAGAUGAAUCUUGCCGGAUUAGUUGAGUUUUUAUUAGAAUCAAAUGCCAAUACCGAAAUUGGCGAACAAGUGUUUGGAUGGACGCCUAUAUUCAUUGCUGCGUGUGAAGGGUAUACUGAGGUUGUCAAGGUGCUUAAAGAGUUUGAUGCUAAUUAUGACAUUGUUGAUAAUUCUGGUUGGUUGCCAAUGGAGCAUGCUUGUCUAAGAGGUCAUUUAAAUGUGGCUGAUUUGUUAGUCCCUCGCGACCCCAAUCUUUUACUAUAUGACACGUACCACCCCGAGAAUAAUAUUGCGCGUAUCCCCAGUGAGGCAGCCAGUCCCGUCUUGAGGGCCAAAGAUGAUGGUGCUAUUCCUACAAGUAUUGAUAGGUUACCGGAAGCACACAAAAACGCAGUUAAUGAGUUUUACAAGCAAUUGAAGAACUCAUCUUCGGGUAAUGUAUCUCGCUCAACAUCUCCAAAGAGGAAGAAAAGAGUCAAGGCAGUUAAAUCUUUUGGUCAUAGGUAUUUGGGUGAAGAUGAAAGUUUGAUUUUGGUCACUUUAGGAACUACUGAUUUGCGUGAUGAUAGAGCUCCAGUUGAACUAAACAAGAUUUCCUUGGCGAAAUCAUUUGCUACUGAAUUAGAUACUGCAUUGUCGUUGUCAAUUACCUGUCGUUACAAAUCAACUAAUCAACAAGUUGAGCCACCCAUUGUGAUUGAUUUACCAUUGGAGGAUUAUCACGGAAGUGCCACUGAUCCUAUUUCGUUCAAGCUUGCCAACAAUGUGUCAAUUGAUGAUGUGAUCAUUACGUUUGAUUUAAUCCCCACAUAUCAAGUUCAUAAAAAGGUGUUGGGUAGGGCCAUUGCUCUUUUGAAAGAUGCCUACACUAAAGUGGGACCUCAUUUGCGCUCCUUAAACAACAAUAUCACUGUCCCUAUCCUAGAGACUACCAAUUUGGACAUCUUGGGGCUCAUUCGGUUUGAAUAUUUACAAAUUUUGCCCUUUAAACAUCAUGCAAUGUCAAUUGCUAGAUCAGAUACGUAUUGGAAACAAUUGGUAUCCACUAGGGUCAUUGGUCACCGAGGCUUGGGUAAGAAUGAGAGUGGUAGACAAUCGUUGCAAUUGGGCGAAAACACGGUGGAGUCAUUCAUUGCUGCCUCUUCAUUGGGGGCUUCGUAUGUCGAGUUUGAUGUGCAACUAACCAAGGAUUUUGUUCCUGUCGUUUACCAUGAUUUCACAGUAGCUGAGCUGGGAGUAGAUAUCCCGAUGCAUUUGCUAACAUUGGAGCAAUUUCUUGGGUUGAACAAGACUGGGGAAAAGCCCCAUCGUUCAGUUGACGAUGAAGUGUUGAUAAGGUCCAAACCUAGAGCUAAAUCGUCUUUUCAAUUGAAUGGGACUCACGAUGAUGUUGUUGAUAAGGAUUUCGAGAGCCAAAUCAAUGAGAGGAUGAAAUUGACAAAAACUUGGAAAAGCAAAGGUUACAAGGGGAAUGCUAGAGGUACCUCCAUCGCAUCGAACUUUGUCACUUUGAAAGAUUUGUUUAAAAAAUUGCCAGAAAAUGUUGGGUUCAAUAUUGAGUUGAAGUACCCCAUGUUGGAUGAAGCUGAACAAGAGAGCAUGGGUGAACUUGCGAUUGAUUUGAACUUGUACUUGGACACAAUCCUUAAAGUUGUUUACGAUGAAAACACCAAUGGUCGUCACAUCGUGUUUUCCUCAUUCCAUCCUGACGUGUGUCUUCUUCUUUCAUUAAAACAGCCAACUAUGCCCAUAUUGUUUCUUACAGAAGGAGGUACCGCCCCCAUGGCCGAUAUCCGCGCGUCAUCGUUACAAAAUGCCAUUAGGUUUGCUAAGAAAUGGAAUUUGCUAGGAAUAGUCUCAGCAGCACAAGCAUUGGUUAAAACGCCACGAUUAGCCCAAGUGGUCAAACUGUCAGGUUUGGUGUGUGUGACUUAUGGGGUGGAGAAUAACGAGCCAGAGUUGGCCAAGAUCCAAAUGAGAGCCGGUGUAGAUGCAGUUAUUGUUGAUAGUGUGUUGGCGGUAAGAGAGGGUUUGAGGGAGCAUAAUGAUUCUAGAAGGGAAUUUGAGGACUCAAGUAGUGAGUGA